UCCCGCUCUUCGUCUCUCGCUGUAUCUGCCCCCUGACUGUUGGCCUCGCCAGGCGUGCUGGCAUCUCCAGCUUUGCCAGUCUCGCGUCUCUGCCUUCCACUCUCCCGCCGACGCCCCCUCCUCUGGCGCCGCUCGCGCCGGCUCAUCCCCUCCCUCCUCCUACUUCCCUCCUCCUCCGGCUCUCCCAGGCUCACUCGCACCCGAGCUAGGAGGUUCCACGCCCAGCGGUCUACGGGCGAACAGCUCCGCGGAGCAGAGAACUUCGCGGCCGCAGGUUGGUAGGUGCGGCGCGAGGAGUUCACCGCCAGUGAGCAGAUCCCGAGCAGCAUGGCCCCGAGAAGCGCCGUCCCUGCCGCCGCCCUGAGAUUCUGGAGCAUCCUCCCGUGCCUGUUUUUGCUGCAGGCGGAGGCCAGCCAGCCGCGAGAGGAGAGCCUGUACCUGUGGAUCGAUGCUCACCAGGCGAGAGUGCUCAUAGGCUUUGAAGAAGAUAUCCUGAUUGUCUCAGAGGGGAAAAUGGCCCCCUUUACCCAUGAUUUCAGAAAAGCUCAACAGAGAAUGCCGGCUAUUCCUGUCAAUAUCCAUUCCAUGAAUUUUACCUGGCAAGCGGCAGGGCAGACAGAAUACUUCUAUGAAUUCUUGUCCUUGCGUUCCCUGGAUAAAGGCAUCAUGGCUGAUCCAACCGUCAAUGUCCCUCUGCUGGGAACAGUGCCUCACAAGGCAUCAGUUGUGCAAGUUGGUUUCCCAUGCCUUGGCAAACAGGAUGGGGUAGCAGCAUUCGAAGUGAAUGUUAUUGUAAUGAAUUCUGAAGGCAAUACCAUUCUCCAGACUCCUCAAAAUGCGAUCUUCUUUAAAACAUGUCAACAAGCUGAGUGCCCAGGAGGGUGCCGAAAUGGAGGCUUUUGUAAUGAAAGACGUGUCUGCGAGUGUCCGGAUGGGUUCUACGGACCUCAUUGUGAAAAAGCCCUUUGCACACCACGAUGUAUGAAUGGCGGACUAUGUGUCACUCCCGGGUUCUGCAUCUGCCCCCCUGGAUUCUAUGGAGUCAAUUGUGAUAAAGCAAACUGCUCAACCACCUGCUUUAACGGAGGGACCUGUUUCUAUCCUGGAAAAUGCAUUUGCCCUCCAGGACUUGAGGGAGCACAGUGUGAAAUAAGCAAAUGCUCACAACCUUGUCGAAAUGGAGGAAAAUGCAUUGGUAAAAACAAGUGCAAGUGCUCCAAAGGUUACCAAGGAGACCUCUGUUCAAAGCCUGUCUGUGAGCCUGGCUGCGGUGAACACGGGACCUGCCAUGAACCCAGCAAAUGCCAAUGUCAAGAAGGCUGGCAUGGAAGACACUGCAACAAAAGGUACGGAGCCAGCCUCAUACAUGCCCUGCGGCCAGCAGGCACCCGGCUCAGGCAGCACACGCCUUCACUUAAAAAGGCCGACGAGCCGCAGGAUCCACCUGAAUCCAAUUACAUCUGGUGAACUCCGGCAUCUGAAACGUUUUAAGUUACACCAAGUUCAUAGCCUUUGUUAACCUUUCAUGUGUUGAAUGUUCAAAUAAUGUUCAUUACACGUAAGAAUACUGGCCUGAACUUUAUUAGCUUCAUUAUAAAUCACUGAGCUGAUAUUUACUCUUCCUUUUAAGUUUCUAAGUGCGUCUGGAGCAUGAUGGUAUAGAUUUUCUUGUCUCAGUGCUUUGGAACAGAGUUUAUAUUAUGUCAGUGGGUCAGGUUAAAAUUUUGUCUUCUCAGUGUGUAGUUGGCAGAUAUUUUCAAAAAUUAUAAUGCACUCAUGGUGUUGAGGGGCUGGGGGACAUUAGAGAGGAUAAAUUGGGCAAAAAUGCAUAAUCACAAGGGUUUGGAUGAAGCAGUUAUUAGCGUCGAAGUUACAGCAUUUCAGACUUUAUUGCUCUAUAUUUAGGCAUUUAUCACAUUUUUUAAAUUACCCUUAUUUGUAAACCCACACUACAAUAUAUUUUGACUUUACUGUUAUUCCAGAAGUACAGUAUUAAAGCGAAAAACAAACAAACAAAAAGCCAUACUGCAGUAGUGGCGUUUAAACAAUAUAAUAUAUUGUAAACACAAUGAAAUAGGAAAUAUAAUGUAUGAACUUUUUUGCAUUGGCUUGAAGCAAUAUAAUAUAUUGUAAACAAAA